AUGGCGUCAGAUGCCAGCCACAUGCUGGAGGCAGCCUUGGAGCAAAUGGAUGACAUUAUCGCUGGUAAGCUUCUAUUUUAUUAAGACCUCCUCAAAGACAACCCGGCUUGCAAUUACUGCUCUCUUUAGACUGGUAUUUGGUAAUGUCUUGAAGGUUUCAUUGAGAUUUAAAUAUAUUAACUUAGAGUAGGAAUGUUACAUUUUGUUCAGUUCUUUCUAAGCAUAAUCAAAAUAAAUUGUGUACUUUGGAUUUUAGUUGAAAUGAUGAAAGGAAAGUUCCUCUUAGGAUCUUGAAGUUUGAGAUACUGGGAUUAAGCUUGUUCCAACUAGAGCAGAUUUACUGGGGGAAACUCAGCAGGUUUUGAAUAGAUGGUCCUUGUCAGUAGGCUACUGUACAUCAACCAUUCUGCUAGUCUUUUACGCUGCCUCUCUUCUUCCCCCACCUGAUCUAUUCCAUGUAUACUCUAUCAUUUAUAUUACAUUUCCAUUUUGGUCAUUUAGCAGACACUCUUAUCCAGAGCAAUUUACAGUCAGUGCAUUCAACUAAGGUCGAUAAAACAACCACAUAUCAAUGUCAUAGAAUGAAAAAAACGUUCCUCAAUAAAGCAGCUAUCAGCAAAAUCAGUGCUAGCAAGAAAGACAAAUACAACAUCCUUGUCUGUAGUUGUCCACCACACUCUAUAACUAGCUCUCUUUCCAUAUUGUUCAGCUCUCCAUGUUUUCUUACAGGGGUGAUACAUUUCAGUCACCACUGUUUGUCAUAACCAUAGCAGGAUAUCAGAUGACUCUGUUGGGGUUCCUGUAAGGGGCACAAGACAAAAGGCUCUAAUAAUAGAGAUAGCAUAGUGCUAAUGACCCCCAGUACACUGCAAGACAGAGAAAACCGUGACAUCACCCAUAGAGAUGGUCAUACAGGCUAACAUAUUGCUAAUAAUGCUAACAAUUCCUGUAAUAGGCCUACAGCUAAGGUGACAUGAGAUCAUGAAUAUAUAUCUGUGCAGACUAGUGCAAUAUUUAAAAGACCAUCAGAGCACAGCACUUUGACACACUGCCUUUACUCAGAGAAGCAGUCAAUACACCAUGCAAUGUCCCUACAAUAUCCCUAUAGGGAACACUUGAGUUUUCAAAGCUGACAGCGUUCAGGCACUGUUGAAGCUAGCGUUGUAGUGGGAGGGUGCCCUCCAGUGGUUAUGCUAGGUAGCAGUUGGAUGUUUUCAAUUAUUUCACACAUUAUGUUGAUGUAUUCAGUGACUCACAUUGGAAAUUCAAACUGGCAUGAUAUAUUCAUCAGCACAUAAUACUUUCACUCAGCAAUCCUAACAGCCUGUUUGUGGAGCAGUCACAUACAAUAUAGUCAACAGCAAACAGUUUAUAGUAAUCUGAUUUCAGAAAAUCAAAACAAGUCAAAAUGGAUUGCUAGACUCUGGGAUAGCUAGUUUUAAGGCUCUGAUGGCUGUAUCACCCCUAUGAUCUUUGCCCUAACCAUAACUUGAAUCUAAAUUAUUUCAUUUUAUUGGCAGGAGGGUUCUGCGAGGCCUUCUUGAAGUUUGGGGCCCAGGGUUACCACUCCCAGGGUUCGAACUCUGCCCCCACCUUUGCCCUCACCUCAGCCAUUAACCCCAACAUCAGGGUGCUGCAGCUGGUAGAGGAUCUCAGGGUAGCCCUGGAGGGCCAGGUGGACCAGGAGGAGCAUGAGUCCAUGAGCAGACAGGUCCCCAUGGACACAGCACACACCCUGUUAGAUUGGCUGGAGAAGGGAGGGGUGAGUAGCUUCAACACAGCCUAAACUCACUUCACACACUAAACUGGCUAGUGUGGUGUAUUUAUUCAGGAAACCUUGUUACUGGGUUCUAUUGAGCAUAUGAACCAUCUUUCAGAAGGGGGGGGGGGGAUUAUGGGGUGGAAUAGAGACAAAAAUAACAAAGUGAUAGUGUUUGUGUAGGAGACGGAGAGGGAUAAAAAAGAGAGGGCGAAGGGAAACGAGAGAGAGAAGAGAGAGAGAGAGAGAGAAUAAAAGAGGAGAGAGAGAGAGAGAGAAGGGGAAGGAGAAGAAAGGGAGGGAGAGGAGCCAGCUGGGCGUGGUCUGAGUCGUAGUUUCUGCAGUCUGAUAUUAGAGACUAGCCACUUCUCAGCCUGCCUCUGUCUGGGCUCCAAACCACACAGCCAGGGUCCCACCUAGAAACAGCACACCAUAGGUCCCCCACACAGUCUCUUGCAGCGAGAGAGUAGGAGGGGAGGGGGGAGGAAGAAGCAGAAAAGAAGGAUUCAAGGGGAAAACAGGGAUAAAGUAUCUUCUUUUAGAAGCGGGGUUUAAAACUCCAUCAGUCCCUCCUCUCUCUGAGGAGGAGAGAGAGAGAGAGAGAGAGGAGCGGGAGAGGAGAAGAGAGAGCGAGGAGAGAGAAGCAGCGGGAAAGGAGGAACCCCAUUUUUCCAUAGAGAAAUGGGUCGGAGAGGGAGGAUAUAUCUCUCUAUAUCUCUCUCUAUAUCUCUCUCUAUCUCUCUCUCUCUCUCUCUUCUCUCUCUCUCUCUCUCUCUCUCUCUCUCUCGCCAGGAUAAGUUACAGUGUAGAGUUUGAGGAAGAAAAUAGUCAAAGCUACAAUGGGCCAACAGAAUGGAGUAUAACAUAGAUUUCUAUAAGCAUGUUGCCUAGCUGAAAAAGGUAAGAGACUUUUUGAGGUUUCACUUUCAUGCUUUUCCCUACUUAUAUAUCUGUACUGCAUCUGUAUAGAGGAAUCUGGUUAUUGUUAUUGUACACAGACAGGGAAAUCGCUUGCAUACUGGAGAUGCACAUGGAGAAAGACUGGUGUUGUGGAGUUGUUCAUUGUAACACAGUUGAUUGAUAGUACAGACUCAUCUGUUUUGACCGUAAACUGGAAAGUUCUGUGUCAUAGUAGUCACCUGUUCUAUUGUCUGUCAUUUCUGCACCUUCACAGAACAAGGUCCUUCAAUUAAAAGUUGGUAUGGGAAAAGCUUGGCAAUUGUUGAAGAGCAACAGGUAGCAUUCAAUAAAACAUGGUAACCACCUUUCUGGAAAACACUUUGAACUCUCAUAUUACAUUUACAUUUUAGUCAAUUAACAGAAGUUCUUAUCCAGAGCAUACAUUUCCAUACCUUUUUUACUUUCUUGUUCGUACUGGUCCCCCAUGGGAAUCCAACCCUGGCAUCUACCACCUGAGCCACACAGGACCCAACUCUCCCUGCGUUUCUUUACUGUGCAGGAAUAAUACUUAUACCCGAAACUCUGCAGGCGAUUGUGAUUGGAUGAGCUUCUACAUAGCCUUCAUACAUGGCACGAUAACAGGAAAACUUGAUUUCCGUAUAGUUCAAUUAGCAAUAUGGCUAAUCUGUCAAUCCAUCUGUUGAGGAACUUGUACUGAAUUUUAAUGAAGAAUGUGUGAAGGGGAGUAGGAACGGGCCGGACCGGGCUGGCGACGCGCACCACAGGCUUGGUACGGGGAGCAGGAACGGAGCGGGCUGGCGACGCGCAUCACAGGCUUGGUGCGAGGGACUGGAACAGGCCGGACCGGGCUGGCGACGCGCACCACAGGCUUGGUGCGAGGGACAGGAACAGGCCGGACCGUGCUGGCGACGCGCACCACAGGCUUGGUACGGGGAGCAGGAAUGGGCCGGACCGGCUGGCGACGCGCACCACAGGCUUGGUGUGAGGGACAGGAACAGGCCGGGCUGGACUGUGGAGACGGACUAGAGGUCUGGAGCGGAGAGCUGACACAACCCGUCCUGGCUGAAUGCCUAUCUCCACACCCUGUGUGUGAGGCAUCAGCACAGGACGUACAGGGCUGUGCACUCGUACUGGCGCUACAGCACGUGGCACUGGCGCAGGAUAUCCGGGACCGAGGAGGGGUACUGGAGGCCACGAGCGUUGAGCCGGCACACUCCGUCCUGGCUACAUGCCCACCUUAGCACGACACGUGCGUGGUGCUCGCACAGGACGUACAGGACUGUGCCGGAACACUCGCGGCACAGUACGUGGCUCCGCAUAACCCGGAGCCUGCCCAGUCUCACGCUGCCUAGCCUGAGUACGGGGAGUUGGCUCUGCUCUACCUCUAGGCUCCGCCAACCAUCCUUCCAGCCCCCCAAACCUGGUGGCCUCCUCUCCUAGAUCGCCGAUGCGCCCUCUAGCUGCCUCCAGCAGCCCCGUCAUCCACGCCGUGUGCCCCCCCCAAAAAAAUUACUUGGGGUUGCCUCUCGCGUGUCCGUCGUCGGCACGGUUGGCGCCGUUUCUCCUCUCCUGCCUGGGCAUUUAUUUUGCCCAUGGCCCUCUGCCCGCGAAUAUGUCCUCCCAAGACCACCAUUCGCCCACCUGGGACAUCGCCAACUUCUCCUGUUUGGCACGCUGCUUGGUCCUCUCUUGGUGGGAUCUUCUGUCACGAUCGUUAUGAGAAGCGGACCAAGGCGCAGCGUGAUAGGCGUACAUACUUUAUUAAGUGUACACAACAAGAACAAAAACAACAAAACGAUACGUGAAGUCCUAGGUAAUACAACAAACCAUACGGAACAAGAUCCCACAAUAAACUAGUGAACACAGGCUGCCUAAGUAUGGUCCCCAAUCAGAGACAACGAGCUACAGCUGUCUCUGAUUGGGAACCACCCUGGCCAACAUAGAAAUAAACGAUCUAGAACAAAACCCAUAGAAAACUAAACAUAACAAGUCCACACCCUGGCUCAACAUUUAAGAGUCCCCAGAGCCAGGGCGUGACAACUCAUUACAUUUUGAGUGCUUAGCAGGACAGGAAAACGGUCCAAUUCACUCACUUACAGUAUCUAGAGAACAUCCUUAGUCAUUCCUACAGCCUCUGAUCUGGCAGACUCACUAAACAUACAUGCUUUGUUUGUAAAUUAUAUCUGUGUUGGAGUGUGCACCUGGCUAUCCGUAAAUAAAAUACAAAACUAGAAAAUGGUCUGGUUUGCUUAAAUGAUUUAUACUUUUACUUUUAAUACUUAAGUAUAUUUUAGCAAUUACAUUUACUUUUGGUACUUAAGUAUAUUUAAACCAAAUACUUUUAGAAUUUUACUCAAGUAGUAUUUUACUGUGUAACUUUCACUUUUACUUGAGUCAUUUUCUAUUAAGGUAUCUUUACUUUUACUCAAGUAUGACAACGGGGGGUACUUCUUUCACCACUGGUCAUCAGCCUAUACAUUCUCUCCCUACAUAUGGGACACUUUAGAAGAUGAGGCGUGACACCAUUUAGAUGAUGGUGAUGAUGCAACGUUCACUAUAAGCAGGGCAAUUUCCCAUUUCUAUGAAGCCUACAGGAUGCUUUGGAAAUAGAAUUAGGAAUUAGAAUACUAGAAUGGAUAUGAACCUUCUUAUGAUGGUCUAAAGCAUCAGCCAUUUUGGUCAGGGACUUGGUCAAACAUGGUUUGCAGUGCUGUGAUAAGAUAUUGUGUAAAACAAUGAAUUUGGAGAUUAUCUGCAUUGUAUGUUUGCUAGCUAUAGCCAGCCAGUUUUAGAGGCAUGAUUCCAUACAUUUUUCAAAUUGUGCCAAUAUGCCAAUAUUCCAUUUAAACAAUGCAGUCAAUCCACAGCAUACACUUGCUGAAAUCAGUUGAUGAUAGGAUUUAGACAAGUUUUAAAUGCAACAAGUACUGAUAUUGUAUAAUAUAAUAACACUCACAGCUUUCUAAGAAAAUACAUAUGUUGACAUUUACGGUCUGUUUACAUAUAUUUUAGAGGCUAUUUAGACCGAAAAUGUGUAUAAACCUGUAUAAACUGUAUUUAUAAUUAUACGUCAAUAUUUUGGGGUUACAAUAUUUCUAUUACACAACUUCUGAUAUUUAUCAUACCUUUCUUUUCUUUUCUUGCAGAAGUAAAAACAGGAAAUGCAUCACCGAUGCCUCUACUGCCAUUCAUUCCAAUUAGACUGGUUUGGAUUUCUCCUGACGAAAAUAGCUGCCUUUAUCACCCCCUUCUAUAACUGUGAGGGAUUAUGACAUAGACCCUUUUGUAAUUUAAUAGGAUCUCUAUGGAGUCGACCACCAGACGACAUGGACAGAUAAACUGUCUUUCUGUGUGUGUGUGUGUGUGUGUGUGUGUGUGUGUGUGUGUGUGCUAUAUGUCAUAUGGAGAGAGCACCACUUUCUUCCUCACACAACAUCAAUAAAUUAGAGUACCAGCCACACAGUGAUGAUAUCUUUGUUAUCUCAUCCCAGCUAGGGAGGCCAAUGUAAAUGUAAUUUUCUUCCAUGCUUUUUUCUGUAUCGUUAUAUCAAUGCUAAGCAGGGCAUUGACAUGGACCAUCAUAAAGAGAGAGUGUAAAUCACCCCCUACCACUAGUGCUCUCAACAGACAUAUACUGUUGCUACUUUUCAGGGAAGUUAGGAACCAAUAUACACAAGCAGUCAGGAAAGCAAAGGCUAACUUUUUCAAACAGAAAUUUGCAUCCUGUAGCACUAACUCCAAAAAGUUUUGGGACACUGUAAAGUCCAUGGAGAAUAAGAGCACUUCCUCCCAGCUGCCCACUGCACUGAGGCUAGGAAACACUAUCACCACCGAUAAAUCUACAAUAAUCGAGAAUUUCAACAAGCAUUUUGCUACAGCUGGCCAUGCUUUCCAUCUGGCUACCACUAACCCGGCCACCAACUCUGCACCCUCUGCUGCAAUUUGCCCAUGCCCCCCCCGCUUCUCCUUCACACAAAUUCAGACAGCUGAUGUUUUGAAAGUGCUGCAAAAUCUGGACCCCUACAAAUCAGCUGGGCUAGACAAUCUGGACCCUUUCUUCCUAAAACUAGCCGCUGAAAUUGUCGCAACCCCUAUUACUAGUCUGUUCAACCUCUCUUUCAUAACGUCUGAGAUCCCCAGAGAUUGGAAAGCUGCCGCGGUCAUCCCCCUCUUCAAAGGGGGUGACACUCUAGAUCCAAACUGCUACAGACCUAUAUCCAUCCUGCCCUGCCUUUCGAAAGUAUUCGAAAGCCAAGUUAACAAACAGAUCAUUGACCAUUUCGAAUACCACCGUACCUUCUCCGCUAUGCAAUCCGGUUUCCGAGCUGGUCACGGGUGCACUUCAGCCACGCUCAAGGUCCUAAACGAUAUUAUAACCGCGAUUGAUAAUAGACAGUACUGUGCAGCCGUCUUCAUCGACCUGGCCAAGGCUUUCGACUCUGUCAACCACCGCAUUCUUAUUGGCAGACUAAAUAGCCUUGGUUUCUCAAAUGACUGCCUCGCCUGGUUCACCAACUACUUCUCAGAUAGAGUUCAGUGUGUCAAAUCGGAGGGCCUGUUGUCUGGACCUAUGGCAGUCUCUAUGGGGGUGCCACAGGGUUCAAUUCUUGGGCCGACACUUUUCUCCGUGUAUAUCAAUGAUGUCGCUCUUGCUGCUGGUGACUCUCAGAUCCACCUCUACGCAGACGACACCGUUUUGUAUACAUCUGGCCCUUCAUUGGACACUGUGUUAACAAACCUCCAAACGAGCUUCAAUGCCAUACAACAAUCCUUCAGUAGCCUUCAACUGCUCUUAAACACUAGUAAAACUAAAUGCAUGCUUUUCAAUCGAACGCUGCUAGCACCCGCCCACCCGACUAGAAUCACCACUCUCGACGGGUCUGACCUAGAGUAUGUGGACAACUACAAAUAUCUAGGUGUCUGGUUAGACUGUAAACUCAACUUCCAGACUCACAUAAAGAAUCUCCAAUCCAAAGUUAAAUCUAGAAUCGGCUUCCUAUUUCGCAACAAAGCCUCCUUCACUCAUGCUGCCAAACAUGCCCUCGUAAAACUGACUAUCCUACCGAUCCUUGACUUCGGCGAUGUCAUUUACAAAAUAGCCUCCAACACUCUACUCAGCAAAUUGGAUGUAGUCUAUCACAGUGCCAUCCGUUUUGUCUCCAAAGCCCCAUACACUACCCACCACUGUGACCUGUACGCUCUUGUAGGCUGGUCCUCACUACAUGUUCGUCGUCAAACCCACUGGCUCCAGGCCAUCUAUAAAUCACUGCUAGGCAAAUCCCCGCCUUAUCUUAGCUCAUUGGUCACCAUAGCAGCACCCACCCGCAGUCUGCGCUCCAGCAGGUAUAUCUCACUGGUCAUUCCCAAAGCCAACACCUCCUUUGGCCGCCAUUCCUUCCAGUUCUCUGCUGCCAAUGACUGGAACGAAUUGCAAAAAUCUCUGAAGCUGGAGACUCUUAUCUCCCCCAAUAACUUUAAGCAUCAGUUGUCAGAGCACCUUACCGAUCACUGCACCUGUACACAGCCCAUCUGAAAUUAGCCCACCCAACUACCUCAUCACUAUAUUGUUAUUUAAUUUGCUCUUUUGCACCCCAGUAUCUCUAUUUGCACAUAAUCUCUUGCACAUCUAGCAUUCCAGUGUUAAUACUAUUGUAAUUAUUCUGCACUAUAGCCUAUUUAUUGCCUUACCUCCAUAACUUGCUACAUUUGCACACACUGUAUAUAUAUUUUCUGUUGUAUUUCUGACUUUAUGUUUUUUUUACCCCAUAUGUAACUGUGUUGUUUUUAUUGCACUACUUUGCUUUAUCUUGGCCAGGUCGCAGUUGUAAAUGAGAACCUGUUCUCAACUGGCUUACCUGGUUAAAUAAAGGUGAAAUAAAUAAAAAAAUAAAAAUAAACUGCACUAUAGAAAAAGCCUCUGCUCCCCUUUACAUUCAGCAAGCUGCAGUCUGUUUAUUUUCUGUUGUCUAUGAUCCCUCUUUUCUCCUCUGUCUAGCAUAUAGCAUCACUUAGGCCGUUGGUUAGAGUUGCUGUGAUGUAGAUAAGGCCUCUCAUCCCUGACUGAUAUAAACCAGGCCGUUAGCUAGCUGCGCUGCUGUUGGAUGUUGCCGCGCUACAGAUGAAUAAUUCAGUUGUCAUUAGUAUGCGCAGUGUCACAGGUCUCUCUGAGCGCCUUUAUGACAGCCAGCCUGCCGUCGCCUCUUGUCUGGUUAACAACCACGACCCAUGGUCCUGCCGUCGCCUCUUGUCUGGUUAACAACCAUGACCAAUGGUCCUAUAGUCGCCUCUCGUCUGGUUAACAACCACGACCCAUGGUCCUGCCGUCGCCUCUUGUCUGGUUAACAACCACGACCCAUGGUCCUGCAGUCGCCUCUCGUCUGGUUAACAACCACGACCAAUGGUCCUGCAGUCGCCUCUCGUCUGGUUAACACCUACGACCCAUGGUCCUGCAGUCGCCUCUCAUCUGGUUAACACCUACGACCCAUGGUCCCGCAGUCCACCUACACCAACCAUUACUGUAUGACAAUAGGAGUGUGUGAGUGUGACGUGUGUGCCUGUGUGUGUGUGUGUGUGUGUGUGUGAGUGAGUGCAUGUGGUGUGUGUUUGUGUUUGUGCGUGUGUGCGUGCAUACCUGCAAACCUAUCAUUAGUGGUCUGAGUGAAGUGGAUAAGCUACUGUGAUCCAUCCAGGUACCUACAGAGGUGUUAGCCUAUCACGUUGUGUGAGCUUUUAUCACUAAUUGCCUCAGCGGAUGACACAGAGUAAUUAUCAGGCUGACAUGUAGCUCUUCAAAUCUGACACUAACAGGCGCUGAGCCAGGGAGGCUUCCUAUCUCUUAUGCUACAUGUGGCGGCGAUCUGCUUUUAAUAGUGCAGACAUAGAGGAGGUGUGAAUAUAGAUGUGUUGCCAUGACUCUUGCCCACUGGCCUGCAUGUAUUCACUGAGUAGACUCUUGGACUACAACAAGUAUGUAUUCUGAUUGCCAACAGUAGUAAUAUGUUGAGUGUGGCACUUGAUAAUCAACUGUAUAAUCAUUCAUUAAUAAUUAAAUUAAUUCUCAAUGUGGAGUGAUUGACCUGUGCUCAGCCACAAUCUCCUUGCAACAUGAUGCAGGCAGGAAAUAGAUGAGAAAACAAAGUGCUGCAAUAGGGUGAAGGGAGAGGUUAAAUAUGAGUACAGGCAGAGAGAGAGAUGGAGAGAGAAGGAAAGAGAGAGACAGACAUACAGAUGUAUGAUCUUAAUUUGAGCCAGUUUGCUACAGCAGGAAAAUAAUUCUGCAGCAACAGGAAAUGUGAAUUAUGAUGUGGAUUAUAAUGAAUGGACAUUUUUUGUAGGGGUUGAUACAUUUUCUGUUUGGGCAAAUCAAGUCUGACAUUUUAAAAUGGAAAUUACAAACUUUAGAAGCCUUUUGUAAUAUAAUACAAGUUUGCAUUUCUUGCUCUGCAGUACAAAUCUCAGCAACAAAAGAGUGAUCAAAUUAAAGAUCCUACAUCUGUACAGACAGACAGACAUACAGACAUAAAGGCAGACUAGGUCUAUAGUAAUAGGCUGCUCCAGUGUUCUGGGUGGAUAUGUGGAUAGGUAAAUAACUUGAUGAUGUCACAAUGCCACUUUACCAGGGAUGGAGCACUAGGGAACAUUAUGAGGUAACAUGUUGCCACGGAAACACACUUCUAACAUAAUCCCAGACCACAUUAAAAUUGUUAGACAAGCUCAGGUAGAGCGUGUUAGCUACAUCUCUCAACCUAUAACUGAUUUGAUUGAUUACAACAGUACACUACCCUAGCGUGUUAUGGGUCAGACACAUAGUGACCCUGUCACUCUGGUCUCUCCUUGGGAGCAACGAAAGGAGACCCAUAAACAUAAAAAUAAACCCAAGAAGAAGAGCAUCCCUCCAGCCCUGACCUUUCUUCAGCUGUGUACACUGCUGAGCUGCGUCAGGAUGAAGAAGACACCAUUUGAUCCCUCCCAGAGUGGUGAGGGGAGAAAGGCAACAACAAUACACGAUACGAACAACAAUAAUGACUCUGAUACUGGUGAGUGUGAGGAGGUGCCUAUUGACUAGUGCUGCUACAUAGUACAAUUAUUUAGGCUUCACUUGGAAAAAAAACAUAAUGUGUCUUGGAAAUGUUUCACUUACAGGCUCUGACUAUUCUGAAGGUGAUGUGAAAAGGAUCAAGCACAAGAGUAAACGAAAGGUUCGGAGCGAGAAAGUUUGGAUUGAAGUUUAGAAAUCUCCUGAGUGGCGCAGUGGUCUAAGGCACUGCAUCGCAGUGCUAACUGUGCCACUAGAGAUCCUGGUUCGAAUCCAGGCUCUGUCGCAGCCGGCCGCGACCGGGAGACUCAUGGGCGGCGCACAAUUGGCCCAGCGUCGUCCAGGGUAGGGGAGGGAAUGGCUGGCAGGGAUGUAGCUCAGUUGAUAGAGCAUGGCGUUUGCAACGCCAGGGUUGUGGGUUCGAUUCCCACGGGGGGCCAGUAUAAAAAAAUAAAUAAUAUAUGUAUUCACUAACUGUAAGUCGCUCUGGAUAAGAGCGUCUGCUAAAUGACUAAAAUGUAAAUCUAAGGACCACAAACGCAGAACGACACUGGAAACAGAAAAAGACAAUAAACAAAGAUCUAACUCGAUAAGACAUCCAAACCUGCUUAUCAAUGAGGAUUUGCCAAUGCAUUUGAUAAUUGAUAAUGACCACAAUAAGGAAAACACAGUAUAUUGUGUUGAAUUUGAUACUGCUUGACAAAUGUGAUAAUGUCACAAUGCCCCUUCGGAUGGGGUAGGCCCUACUAGUUAAAAAGUCUUAACGGAAUCCAUGGAACGUCCCAACUCUGACCUUACCCCCAUUGAAAUUGAAAUGGUUAAGGUUAGAGUUAGGGUAAGGUUAGGGUUUAGGGUAGGGAUGUCUCAAGGAUCUCGGUUAGCACUAACCCUAGUUAUUAUUGGGUAACAUUUUGCCAUGGAAACACACUAGAGCUCAUUGGCUAUUUAUAUUGUAGUUUGAAAUAUCAGUAGAUUUCUAACUGAUGUACUGAUUGUGACCCUGAGGUCUCCCCUGUGGAGAAAGCAAAGGAGACCAAGCAGAAAGAGAAGAAGCAGAGCAUCUAUCCAGCUGUGGCGGCCCUGCAGCUGUUCACUCUCUUCUGCUGUGGAGGGAAAGUCAAGCUGAAGAAAACUCGUGCCUCUCAGUACAGACAGAGUAAAAAGGACCAGGACGAAGAUACUGCAUCUGAUACUGGUGAGUGUUAUGGGUUGUCUGUUGAUUAGAUAUAGAAUGAUAUUGCUCCACUUGGAAAGAUGUGUCUUCAAAAUCAAAAUGUCUAAACAGGCUCAGACUGGUCUGGAGGAGAUGUUACAACCAAAAAGGUCAAGGACAAGAGUAAUGGAAAGGUAGGGAGGGAGAAAGACUGGACUGAAGUCCAGCUAUUGAAAUCAUCUCAAGACCACAAACCCAGAAGUACAACACCAGAAACAGACAAGGGAACUCAUUUGGGACAAAGACCGAACUCUGUGAGACAAGCAAAUAUGCUGUAUCAUAUUUUAUCGAGAGCAAAAUAUAUUUCCCAUAAUGUUUUAUCAUUGGGUAUUGCAAUUGUCUUAUGCAGGCAAAUCAAAGGACACCCCGGCAAGUGAAGACCCAUGUGGAGGAAAUAUACAUAAGACCUGACUCUCCGACUCUACCACGUGCCCACGUAAGUUACUGAAACCUGACUUACUAUACAGACAUUCAGAGAUUCACACAUUCAGGCAGUUUCCUCUCUGACCUCAACCUAACCCCCCUCUUCCUCCGGGUAGAGCUCCCUCUCCCAGUUCUCCCAGGCUAGGAACCUGGCCAUCCUCCCGCUGGAGUGGCAGCUACCUGGAGUCCCUAUGACCACCUCGUCUAUGGCAACUAGGACAGAGAGAAAGCCAUCCACUACCAACACUUCGACACAGGCGCAGACAGAAACACAGACAACAGAUAUGAACACAGACACACAGACCACUGCCACCUCUCAGAGACAGAUCUCCAUGGUGACCACCCAGUCAUCAGAGACCAUGACAGAGGUUCACACAUCAGACUCAAGCACCCAGAACUCCACUCCUGACAUGGCACUGACCCCUGAGAGCACUAAGGACAUGAUCGCUACUGAUGAGGAUGUGAAGGAUGACUCUGCUGAAGAUUUGAUCUCCACCCUAACAGACACCUCUAUGGAGAAAUCCGUCCAGUAG